AGCAGGCUCUGAGCCGGCCGCCUUGCACAGGGCAGGGCGGUGAUUUUUUUUUUUUUUCUUUUUCGCAAUUUCCACUCUCGGAGAGCAGGAAACCCGGAGGCAGCCGGGCGCAGCGGGGCCGCGAUGCAGCAGCAGCAGCAGGAGUCGCCCCAGGGCAGCAGCGGCAGCGGCAGCAGAGGCAGCAGCGGGCGGCGCUGAGCCUCUACCACCGUUACUGAGGAAGAAGCCGACCCCCAGCUGCAGCCGCGUCCCAACGCCCGUGUCCCCGAUCCCCGCGCCGCGACCUCGGCGCUCCGAACCCCACGCCCGGUUCCGCCAACUUUAACGCUGCUUCGGCGGCUCGGCCGGGCUUGGCGCCAAUGGUGGAGGCCAUAGUGGAGUUUGAUUACCAGGCCCAGCACGACGAUGAGCUGACGAUCAGCGUGGGUGAGGUCAUCACCAACAUCAGGAAGGAGGAUGGAGGCUGGUGGGAGGGGCAGAUCAACGGCAGGAGAGGUUUGUUCCCUGACAACUUUGUAAGAGAAAUAAAGAAGGAUAUGAAGAAAGACCCUCUCGCCAAUAAAGCUCCAGAGAAGCCCAUGCUCGAUAUAGCCAGUGGAAGUGCUUUGCUGUCUUCUGAAGGCAUUUUAAGAACCAAUAAGCGAGGAGAGCGACGGAGACGCCGAUGCCAGGUGGCGUUCAGCUACCUACCCCAGAAUGACGACGAGCUGGAGCUGAAAGUUGGAGACAUCAUAGAGGUUGUAGGGGAGGUAGAGGAAGGAUGGUGGGAAGGUGUACUUAACGGCAAGACUGGAAUGUUUCCUUCCAACUUCAUCAAGGAGCUGUCGGGGGAGUCGGAUGAGCUUGGCAUUUCCCAGGAUGAGCAGCUGUCCAAGUCAAGCUUAAGAGAAACCACAGGCUCCGAGAGCGAUGGGGGUGACUCAAGCAGUACCAAGUCCGAAGGUGCCAACGGGACAGUGGCAACUGUAGCCAUCCAGCCCAAGAAAGUCAAAGGAGUGGGCUUUGGCGAUAUCUUCAAAGACAAGCCAAUUAAACUGAGACCAAGGUCAAUCGAAGUAGAAAAUGACUUCCUGCCGGUAGAAAAGACAAUUGGGAAGAAGUUACCUCCAGCCACGUCAACUCCAGAUCCAUCAAAACCAGAAAUGGACAGCAGGACAAAGGCCAAGGAUUACUGCAAAGUAAUAUUUCCAUAUGAGGCCCAGAAUGAUGACGAAUUGACAAUCAAGGAAGGAGAUAUAGUGACUCUCAUCAAUAAGGACUGCAUCGAUGUAGGCUGGUGGGAAGGAGAGCUCAAUGGCAGACGAGGAGUGUUCCCUGAUAACUUCGUGAAGUUACUUCCACCGGACUUUGACAAGGAAGGGAAUAGACCCAAGAAGCCACCACCUCCGUCCGCUCCUGUCAUCAAACAAGGAGCAGGUACCACAGAGAGAAAACACGAAAUUAAAAAGAUACCCCCUGAAAGACCAGAGACACUUCCAAACAGAACAGAAGAGAAAGAAAGACCAGAGAGAGAGCCAAAACUGGAUUUACAGAAGCCUUCUGUUCCUGCCAUCCCACCGAAAAAGCCUCGGCCACCUAAGACCAAUUCUCUGAACAGACCUGGUGCAUUGCCCCCAAGAAGACCCGAGCGACCAGUGGGCCCACUGACGCACACCAGGGGUGACAGUCCAAAGAUUGACUUGGCGGGCAGCGCACUCUCUGGCAUCCUGGAGAAGGACCUCUCAGACCGCAGCAAUGACAUUGACCUAGAAGGUUUUGACUCUGUGGUAUCAUCUACUGAGAAACUCAGCCACCCAACCACAAGCAGACCAAAAGCUACGGGAAGGCGGCCUCCAUCUCAGUCGCUCACAUCUUCCUCCCUUUCAAGCCCCGAUAUCUUUGACUCCCCAAGUCCCGAAGAAGAUAAAGAGGAACACAUUUCGCUUGCGCACAGAGGACUAGACGUGUCGAGGAAGACUUCCAAGACUGUUACCAUAUCCCAAGUGUCGGACAACAAGGCAUCCCUGCCACCCAAGCCAGGGACCAUGGCAGCUGGCAGCAGUGGGCCAGCCUCUCUCUCUUCAGUGGCAUCCUCGCCCAUGCCAUCCUCUUUGGGAACAGCUGGACACAGAGCCAAUUCUCCGUCUCUGUUCAGCACAGAAGGAAAACCAAAGAUGGAGCCUGCAGCCAGCAGCCAGGCUGCUGUAGAGGAGCUUAGGACCCAAGUCCGGGAGCUGAGGAGCAUCAUUGAGAGCAUGAAGGACCAGCAGAAACGUGAGAUUAAGCAGUUACUGUCAGAGCUGGAUGAAGAAAAGAAAAUUCGGCUUCGGUUGCAGAUGGAAGUGAGUGACAUAAAGAAAGCGCUUCAAUCAAAGUGAACUCUUGAUAAUUGAGAUGUUACAUUUUUCACCCUGAGUCCGAGACUCAAAUUUUCUGCCCCAGCCAAAAUCAUCUUGUGCCAAAAGAUUAAAGGUUUGCCUCAACAUGUCCCUGUUUGAAUGAUUAGCACAAAAGUCUUGAUAGCACAACACAAAUUCCAUCCAAGAGGAGACUCUCUCCCAUGGUGUCAUCCUGGGUCUGGCAGUGGUUGUGAUUCAUAGCCAAUUGUGCUAAAGGCUUUUCUACCUUGAGAUCUCCUGCGAAAUGAAAACUCAGGCAGUUUAGUCCAGAGUAGUACUAUUUUGAUGAUAUUUUCCAUUAAUAAAAUGUAAUUUCAGAUUCUUCGUUUACAGGCUUUAUAAUUUUAUGAUUUUUUAAAACCGUGUUUUGUCACAGAUGCCCCUAGUGUUUGUGCUAACCUAGUCAAAAGCAAAUGUCUUGCUCACUUGCUGCAGGUGGAAUGAACGCCACCUGGCUUUGUAUUCCCCUUUAGGAUUCUGUUACAUGUGCAAUUUGAGGUCCAACCCUUUCCUUUCCCUGCCGGCCAACCCCCACCACUCGAAGAGAAAUUUUAGCUUAUAUAUGAUGGUAUAUUUACAAAAAGAGAAAGAGAAAAUCUGGUAUUUGCAGUGAUCUGUGCCUUCUUUCUACCACCCUCUUGAUUGGAGCUUUUGUGAUGCAGCUACCAUGAUUCCAAAUAGAAAAAAAAAAAAAACAAAAAAAAAAUAAAAACAAAAAAAAAACCAAAACAAAACAAAAAAAACAAACAAAAAAACAGCCACUUAUCCUUGUCCACUAGAGGCCGCUGUCUUCGCAGCUUCUCUCACCAUAGCCAAAGGUCCUAAGAGGAGACAGCUGGCAAGUCUGGCCCUGCUCUUUGGUACCAGCUGUGACUUUUCAGUUUCGCCCAUUUUGAGGUUGUUCAUGAAACUAGAAAUGUCAUUCCAGCUUGAUUGUUUUAUCAUCAGCCAAGUUAAACCCCUGCUUCCUGCCUUUUACACCUAUUGCGUGAACAGAAUAUGCAUUAUUAAAGCAAAAAUAAAUAAAAAUAAAAUGCAAAUAAAAAC